GUUAAGGAAGGUGAUCAUUUGUUUAUUUGUUUGAUGGGGCUUCAUCGAACUUUAGGUUUUCUAGAUCACAUAUGAGAACGUUAUAGUGACCAAUGUUUUUCUUAUAACGUUUCUUUUAUUUUCGUUGUACUAAAAUCGACCUAUUGUGUAUAUGGUUUUCUACACUUACUCAUCCCUCUUGCUCGAACUUGAAGAGAAUGACCCAAGAGAAAUCUCACUUUUUCUCUAAAAGGGACCGAGUGACCUCAGAACCGACAAACCCAGAUUCUACGUUUUACCAUCUUUUUCCUAUGCAAUCAUUGUUUUUAUCAUAUUCUUUAUUUCCUUUUGUAUUUCCAUCUUGAUUGAGAGUACAUAGUAAAUGUUUUCUUUUUUUCUGUUUGGUCUCUUUAGUCUUUUCCUAUUCAUAGUAUGUUGAUCGUCCUCCUCAGUAUCUAGCAUAAUUGGCCAGUUGAAAAUUCUAUCGAGAUCUCAUAUAACAUCUUUGUGGUUUUCAUGUUGUUUUUACAAUUAUAUCUUAUUAGUCAUAUUUUACUAUUUCUUUCAUAUUACACAUUUACAGUGUUAUCUUCCACUCGCCACGAAAAACUAGUGAGCGAGUCAUUUCUAGUAGUAAUCAAAGAUUAACAUGAAUGAGGCAUUGCUCAUAGCUACCAUUGGUCCCCAUGUCAGAGCUGAUGUCUUCUAGGUUCGGGGGAGCAACAUGCCAAUUGUCUAAAAAAUUAAUGAGAAAGCCAUCCUGAUGACAAACAUCAUACUCCUCAAUUUCAUCUCCCUUCAGCUUUAGGAGACAUAUUGCUCCCUGAUUGGAUACCCUAAUACCAACAUUAAGGGUGAACCACCCUUCAACCGGUGAUUAGCUUCUCCACAAAAAACUUAACUUGACAUAGAAGACAACCCAAUUUCAGACUUAUUAGCUUCUCAAUUUGCUUAGCUUAAGAAGUUUUUCAUUUCAUAUCCUAAAUUGACACCUAAGGUUCCUAUUCAUUUAGUAUCCAACAUGGUAACUACCAUCAAAGGUAAGAAGCCUAACAAUAAAGCUGACGCAACAGUGAAGAUUUUGUAGUUGCUGAUCCCAGGUUCGAUCCAAAUGAGGCCCCUUGGUAUUCUCGGAGGUACAAGACUGCUAGGAGUGAAGCCCUGCUGGCAUCGAAAUUGAUUGCUGGUGGCGCCCAGAUUUAGUAGGCUUUGUGAAAGCGCGGUUGAGGAUCCUGGGUAAUUAAAAAAAACAUCGUAACCACCACUCUAAAUGAAUAUAUCUUAGAUUAUUCAUCCAAGAUGUAAUAAGAGCAUCUCCUUAAAUGCAGUCCGAUCUACUUCGACUAGACUAACCACUCAUGCAGAAUGUUAUAGAGAAUUAUUGUGUUUGUGCAGGCUUACUAAGCUAAUGGGUCAUGUCCUCUAUUUAUAAUGGAAAAUCCCGUCCUAAAACAUCCUAAACGAUUAGGAUAGAGUCUCCUAAACCAUGUAGGCUAAGUAAACUUCCUCGACAAGGUUUAGGGUUGGCUGCGGUAGGGCGGUGAUUGGACCCACCGCUCUUUUUCUUCAUGGGUUGGGUUUCCUAGUCCAUGGACUUCUUCUGAUGAUUUGGGUACAACUUGAGAUGUCUUCUGUAGAGGCAGUUGGACAAGUUAAUUGGGUUACCACUUAUUCCUUUGUCCAAAUAGUGUCGAGUCUUCUUCCUAUGGGCUUGCCUUGAUAUAAUGUAGCAACUACUAGUUGACUUCGUCGUCAUUGGACUUCCUAUUCCUCACAAAACCAUGAAUCAUCCCGAAUAUCACAAUAAAAAUCCCGAUUAAGGCCAAGUAUAAACCUUAACCGGGUGCAAUAUAGAGCAAUUAUGUUUUAAAUGUCAAACCCGGGCCGGUCCAUGUACCCCUACUUCAAUUGUUUGAAACAUUAUCUAGCAAAUGGUUUUUGGUUCAAACUAUGGUUUAAAGCUAAAGAAAUUGGCAAAGUAAAUGGUUUGAACACUAAUUGAGAAGGAAUCACCCAUGUGUUUCUCUCACUAGCUAUUAAUCAUGACUUGUCGGAUCGAAUGCAAAUAUGUGGUAAAGGCGGUUGUAAAGCUUAGGGAAGCGCAACAAGUGAACAACCGUCACUCUCUCGGUCACUAGGACAAGGGAUUUGGAAUCAACCUACCAAGGUAGCUCUCUUGGCCAUUUGACUAAGGGUUGCUUGGGCUUCUCCCUCGAACCGUAGUCCGGACGGCCAAAACACAACCUACCCAAGGUGAUAAUACGUAUUAAGAGGUUCGCCCUAAUUCAACGCAAGAAGGGGAUUUCCCUCUACCUAGGUCAAAAUGGCAUAAGAGUUGGAAAUGAAAAAACACAACAUAACCUUCAUGAAAAUACCUCAUAACUUGUAUUAAAACACAACCAAACACAAGUCAUUCAAUCCAUCCAUACAUUCACAUAAUUAUAGCUAGGGUUUACAAACACCAAAGUGAUGGAAACAUUUUAUGAUUAUUAAGAAUUCGUAGUAAUUGUCGGUUUACCAUUCAGAUUAGUAUAAUUGAUUUAUUGUUGGGGAGGGAGUAUUAUGAUUAGGUUAUUAUUUCGAGUAGUAAAGAAGAUAAUUGUCGAUUAAUAUAAGUAUCGGGGUAACUUAGGCUACGGUUAAGCCUAAUAAUAUCAUUAAAACCUAAAUUCCUCUCUCUGUUCUUCCUAACCGAACCUCAAACCUCUCUCUAGGCCUUGGCCGAGUCUUUCUCUCUAUAACUCAUUCUCUCAACUUCUAAUUACUUAAUCAGUCCCUAAUUGAUCUAACCUAGUCCAAUUCCACCGAGUUCCAUGCACCCUAGAUUCUAGGGUCUAUCAACUGGUAUCAGAGCACUGGUUGGGUGCGGAGAUCACUUGACCAUGACUAUCACAUGCGCGCAGGAGGAAAAGGCUGGCGGUGACAAAACCACGGCGGCGACCGCAACGCCAAAGCCGGGAGAUAAGGUAGUCGUGCAGCAGCUGCGCGACAGAGAUUGCGUAGAGGAGCCGGACUGGGCUGAAACUCGUACUGAGAUGUUCAAGGUUUCCAAGAUGCAAGGAAACCUAGAAGAAGGGCUGAAGGAGGUUAAUCAUUCCAUCUAUCAGGUUGCCGAAAACACAAGGUUAGCUGCUGAAAAAGCUAACACAAACGCCGAUCAGAUGGUGCUGCUACUCUCGAAGGUGUUGGUUCAAUUAUUCGGGGGGCUGUCUCCUGCAGCGAGCAUGGAUGCAGGAAGGGAGUUGAGGCGGCCGAGUGAGACUGGGCUGAAGGAGGUCAAAGCCGAGGAGGUUCCAACCGGGCAGGAGGACUGGGGGCUCGAAGGAUUCAAAUUCCGAGGGAGUCAGGGCAAGGCAACAGUCUCUUACACAUUCCAUCGGAGCAGGAAAUCGCGGCGCAAAAGGGCAGGCAAAAAUGGCGGGAUACGACAACAUCACUUAGAAUGUGAUGUUCGAGUAAUCGGAUACGCGGUUCGAGGAUAAUGAAGAGGGAAGCUUGAUGGGACCAGGGAGGUUGAGUGCACGGAAGGAUCGCCGAGCCAAGGAGGAGCGACCCGACCCGUUGGGUCAGGCGGGGAUCGAGGUCACCGAGGUCAAUUCAUUCGCAACCUGGGUCGGCCUAGGGCAGGGCAAUGGCCAAGGCGGUCUGAGCAGGUGCGAA